GGGAGGGGGCCGGGAGCGAGAGGUCACCGCCGAGGGGGAGGGCCAGCGAGCGGCGGCCGCCGCCAAGUUCGCGGGCCGAGCCCCUCCAGGGGCUCCCCAGGUUCCCCGGCCUCGCCGGAGCCCCAUCUCCUUCCACCUUCUUGUCCAGUUUCUCCACUCUGCGCUCCAGGAGCCCUCCCCGUAGACCCCCAGGCCCAGAGGACCCCGUCCCAGUCUGGUCCGGUGCCCGGUCUGGCUCUCCCCGCCGGGGUGGGAGGGAGCCGCCAGGACCGGAGGGGAAGCUCUCCAAGUCCCCAGCCUUGGAGAAAGUGUGGGUGAGGACCCUGGACACACACCCACACUCUCUGAUCCUGACCUUGACCAGCUGACAUCUCCCGGUUUCCGCAGCCCCCGCAGCCCCCCCCCGCCCCCGUUCCGGCUUGGAGCACACACCGCCCCUCCCUCGGGACACAGGGAUGCAUUCCUGUGACAGACCAGACCCCCGCCCCGGCCCCCGCCCCCGCAGUUUGGCUCUGGCACCCUCACUACCCUGGACCGGGCACUCAGACUGAGGAGGAAACAGGCGGAUGGUAGCAACUGUCAUCUAGCACCACCACCCCCACUUCCACACUCGCAUAAUGGCUCCCUCCCCCCUCCACGGAGCCCCGCACUCCUGCCCCGUUCACACUUGUGCACACCAUCCAGCCACACCAGCUACUCUAUCAGUGACACUUCACAUUCCUCCCCACAAUCCCACCUGCCUGUUCACACCCCCCAGCCCCUCCCACACCUCUGAAUAACAACACCCUUUCUACCCACACACUUGCCAGGACGGUUUCCUCCCUGGGUCCCCUGCCUGGCUCUCCCCCAGCUGCCUAGCUCCCCAGGCUUCAUCCUGCAUCCCGGGAACCCCUGGGGUCCUCUGGCAGCACAAUCCAGACCCCCACCCCACCUCAGUGGCAGCCCAGCAUCUCUGUCCAUACUGACUUCACAAGGCAGGCAGCUGACCCACUGGCCUGCUUCUUUCCCGGGGCCUCGGUUUCUUCUGUCAUUUAGGCUGGGAGAGAAGGGCAGGGAGGUGGCUGCUGAAGAUGAGAGCAGAGAUGCAGCCCCACCGGGUUGGGCUGAGAGGGGCUUUAGGGGACACAGCGAAGCCCUCUCAUGCAAGCCCAGUCGUGGGCUGGUGGCAAAGCGAGGUCUCUGGUCUCCGGGCUUCAGGGCCCACGUGUGCUCGCUCACUAAGCCACUUCUCAGUGGCCUGGGGCACCGGGAACCAGCGAGAGGACUGAAGGAAGAGAAGCCAGAGGGAAGGGCAGCCAGCCCAGAGGACCAGAGCUGGGCUGUUUCUGUGGGCCUCCGCCCCCCUCAGGCGGCAGGUCAGGAGGAGCCCCUGAGGGUCAUUUCCUACAGUCCCCAGUGCCUGGAUCUCACACUACAGCCGACACAACACCCCCUAAACCACUUCCUUCCCCCCAUUCCCCUCCACACAUCCCUCCAAGGCCACCAAAAAGCUGGUCCUGGUGUGGCCUGAGGGCAUCCCAGGUGCAGAGUUUCCUGACCACCCCCCCAACUGUGAGCCCGAACUGAAGGAGCUCAGCCUGGAGGACACAGGCCAGGAUCGAGGGACAACUGGCUAAGGACACGUGGGCACGGGGGACUCGUGGGGGAUGCUAGCUUGCCUGUGUACUGUGCUCUGGCACCUCCCUGCAGUGCCAGCCCUCAAUCGCACAGGGGACCCAGGGCCUGGCCCCUCCAUCCAGAAAACCUACGACCUCACCCGCUACCUGGAGCACCAACUCCGCAGCUUGGCUGGGACCUACCUGAACUACCUGGGCCCCCCUUUCAACGAGCCUGACUUCAACCCACCUCGGCUGGGGGCAGAGACUCUGCCCAGGGCCACCGUCAACUUGGAUGUGUGGCGGAGCCUCAAUGACAAACUGCGGCUGACCCAGAACUAUGAGGCCUACAGCCACCUUCUCUGCUACUUGCGCGGCCUCAACCGCCAGGCGGCCACGGCCGAGCUGCGCCGCAGCCUGGCCCACUUUUGCACCAGCCUUCAGGGCCUGCUGGGCAGCAUCGCAGGCGUCAUGGCGGCUCUGGGCUACCCGCUGCCCCAGCCUCUGCCCGGGACCGAACCCACCUGGGCCCCCGGCCCUGCCCACAGCGACUUCCUCCAGAAGAUGGACGACUUCUGGCUGCUGAAGGAGCUGCAGACCUGGCUGUGGCGCUCGGCCAAGGACUUCCACCGGCUCAAGAAGAAGAUGCAGCCUCCCCCCGCCGCAGUCACCCUGCGCCUGGAAGCCCACGGCUUCUGAUCUCUGACCUUUAGCACCUCCUCUCUCCCCUCGGCCCUCAAACCCUGCCCCCACUCUGGGAGGGAGAAACCCAUAUGCCAGCACCUGUUGAGCCAGGCGACGGAAGCCACGAACCUCUGGCCCUCUCCGGACUUGGGGGAGGGCGUGAUCGACAAGGCCUGUCCCCUCCCCGCUCCCCAAAGCCCUGCAGGUCUGGGGAAGAGGUGCAAUAGGCCCCUGCCCCGUUGCCACAGGAAGGAACGCUCACGGGGCCGGAGCGGUUCAAGUUGGUGCCCAGGCUCUCGCGGCUUCCGGCUUCCUGCCCAGCACCGGCCAGUGGCCACACGGCCUCUCACGUGGUGCUGCAGGAAGCACGCCUGUAGGCAGGGCGGGGGGCCACCGCAGCACGUGCCUUUCUGGGGGGGAAGCCCUGUGGCUGCCCCCCUCUCCUUAGAUGGGUGUCGCCCCCCCAACCCCAAAUA